UGUUCAAUGGUGUGACCCUUUGCAGACCGCACGCUCUAAUUUCGGUACCCCAGUACCGAUGACGUUCAGUCUAAUAACUCAGCCAUACCCCAACCAAUUUUAUCAAUGAAAACUUCCUCAAAAACAUCACAUCAUAGGCUUUCUGGCGAUAUGAUUGGUUAAGGGAUUUGUGGCGCGAAUUUAUUUUACUACAUGAAGGAAAAAUCAAGAGUUGACGUCUCCCUCCACUAGAGGAAAAACAGCAGGAAGCACUAUGCAUCGUUGAUCUUGACGUCGUCUAAAGGAGAAACUACUGGAUCAUCUGAGAUGGAUUCAGUAAUGAGCAUUUCAACAUGCAUGUCAGACCAGAAUUGACAUCAUCCUACCUAUCUAUAGUAAAUAUUCUGUCAUCUCAUGAAGGUUCCUAUACUAAAGAUGUAUGGAGACGCAUACAUGGAAAAGCAACAUAUUUGAUUGUAAAAGAUCAGCUGAGGUCCACCAUUACAGAAGUGGUCCAGGCCGCACUACCAGACCCAGUUUACCCGGGAGAUUCAGAGACGCUGGAGUGUGUGGUGCUGGCUGAGAGCAGAACUGAAGAAGAAGAUCUCAGAGUGUUCUGGUUUAGACCCGCCUCAGGAGGUUCCCAUCCAGAGGUCAUUUACACCAACAAGAACUGGACCGGGCCGUGUGAGGGUCGCUGUGUCUACAGUCUCCCAAAGAAGGACGUCAACAUCUCUGAUGCUGGAACCUACUACUGCGGCAUAGCCACAAAUGGACACAUACUGUUUGGCAAUGGAACAGCACUUGCUAUCACUGAACCCCUAAAUACUGUGCUGCUUGGUUUGGUUGUGGCUCUGGGUUGCUGUGUUGCAUUGAUGCUUUGUUUCAAUUGCAAGAGGAGAAUCACAAGUGACAACUUAAAUUUGCACAGAAAUGGACCUAACAAUGCUGCCACGAGGCCUUGGAACAAGAUUGAAAUGUGUGUUUUUGUAUACCAUACUUUGCUAGAAUAAAAAUACAAUACAUAUUCAAAGUAAUAAAGAGAAGACAAAGCAUAUGCCUUUUGAAAUCCACGUAGACCAGUAAUAGCAAAAUUGAGCUGACUAAAGUGUGAUUGAAAUAUAACCUCGCUUAAGCAAAAUGGAGUCAUGCUAUGAAAAAUAUAAACCCUGCUUGAAUAUAAAAUGUAUUCUUGCUAUGAAAGUAUUCAUGCUAUACAAAUGAAAAUGUUUUGAGUAUAAUCAUACAUAUAAUCAUGUUUGGAAAACAAUGAUAUUUUAAAUAAGAAAUGUGUGUUGUAAAUGUAUUAUUAAGUGUUGAUCAAACAUAAUCAUGUUUGUGCAAAAUGUGUGAAGAAAAUAUCUGCAACAAACUGCGUGACCAAGACUAUAGAAACUGCAUAGUAUGUGGUGCAGAUAGGUGCCGCCUGCUAAGCCGCCGCAUGUAGCCAAACCACAAAUGUUGUUGUGACCAACUAUUUGAGAGAGAGAUCUGCCUGCCAGGGCACAGAACAUAUCGUAUAUAGAGAGGGUGCAAACAUAAAAAGGAGAGAAAAAUAAAUGUAUUCAAGUGACAAUGGAUGUUGAGAACAGAC